AUGCCUACAAACAACAAUUACGAACCUGCUGCCAUCUUGUUUCCUCUUCUUAACCUCUCCCCCGAGAUCGUGGGCAUGGUCAUAGAGGAGGUUGACGACAUGCAGACAUUUAUCUCUAUCUCUCAAACAUGUUCAUCUCUCAGAAGCAUAUGCCGCAAUAAGCGGACCGUGCAAAACCUUUUUGCUUCCUUCCAUAGCGGCCACAAACCAGAGCAGCAGGCCGCGAAGAUCUAUACCAACCUCAAGUUUGCCGCCCGCUGUCCCUUCCUUUCACCAACUUCUGUUGAGAAUGCUUUUAGAGAGGCAUGGCCUGUAUUUAUGGGUUUACAGAUGGAAGAAUUACUCUAUCCUGUCGCCAUGGCUCUUGCCAACCACUAUUUCUCACUUGGUCUUGCAAAAGAGGGAAAGCUCUUUUUGGAGAGGAUUUGGAACUUUCAUGAACCAUAUGAACUUGAGAUAUCUCGCAUGAUUGCUCCAGGGCUGCUGCCUAUCGCAAAACGUUUACGCCAGCUGACUGGUGGGAAAGGUUUAGCCUACCAAGUCAUACAAACAAGGAUUUCUCUGCUUGAGCAGUUUGAGAAGGCUAGGAAGCCAUACUUUAUGUUAGUCCGCAACCAAAAGAUCUCAUGGCAAUUGUGGAAUGAAUGCCCGUUGGAGUCGGUCGCAGCAUUCUUCCCGCCUACUCACGUGCGUUCUGCGAAGCUUUCAUUCGCUAUUGAGGGAAGGACACUGUUGCAAGCACCAAUUGGUUUGGAGUAG